UCUGCAACAGUCAAGCACACCAAUAACGCGGCCCGUCAAUGGAAUAAACGAAUCAACCGUUGGAUCUUCAGCCACCAUGUAAUCCUCGGCCUUUUGCCCUCCAAAUGCUUAUCUCCGGCCCUAACGCCGCCAUUCAACUGCCUUUAACUGUCUCAUCAGGACCUCGAGACGACAGCGUGACAAUGGGCAAUGAAACGAUGCCAAAUCCGAAAACAAGUGCUUGAAGUCGCACAGAGUUGCUUAACAUCCGUCAAAACGCACAAAGUACCCAUCAUCAUCAUCAUCACCAUCACUGCAAUGUCAUGCUCCGACUGCUUCAACGGCGCCAUCCACGAGGGCAAGCCCACCGGUACCAUCACCAGGCUCCAUGGCAUCAACACAUACAUGGCCGAGCCAGCGAGCGGCCUCCCAUCCAAGGGAAUCGUUGUUAUCAUCCCGGAUGCUUUCGGGUGGGAUUUCGUCAACAUCCGAUUGAUGGCUGACAACUACGCUCGAAAAAAGGAUUAUCGAGUCUAUGCCCCCGACUUCAUGAAUGGCCACUCUGCCCCAUUGUGGAUGAUCAACACGUUGAAAGGUGUUCAAGCAAACAAGACUUGGUGGGACUUGAUGUUCAAGCCUUAUCAUUACUUCUGGCUGAUUUACGGCCUGGGCACGUUCAUGACCAAUAACCGGUUCGGGAAAUCUUUUCCCAUGAUCAAAGACUGGUUGACGAUUGUACGGCGCAACGAGGCCGCACAUCUGCCACUUGGCGUCGCAGGGUUCUGCUGGGGCGGCAAACAUGUUGUCCUGCUCGCAGAAAACUUCAAAGCCGACGGCAAGCCCCUCAUGGAUGCCGGCUUCGCAUGCCACCCCAGCCAGCUCAGCUUCUACGAAGACAUCAAGAAGGCGCGAGUUCCGGUCAGCUUUGCGGUCGGGGAUCACGACAUCCAAAUGUCAGUUGCUCAAGCGGAGGAAAUCCGCAAGAUGGUCGAGGCAAAGCCAGAUGGUCAGAAAGGUGAGGUCAAGGUCUACGCCGGAUACGGCCACGGGUUUGGCUGUCGCGUAGACACUGUCAAUGAAGAUCCCAAAGGUGCGGAUGAGGCCGAAAACCAAGGGCUGGCUUGGUUUGAAGCGCAUUUCGCAAAGGUGUCUUAUGCAUGAUGAUUGUGCAGCAAGAUCUCGGCUUCCUGGGAUGAACAUGGAAUUCUUCUGAUCUCGGAGGCUGCAUUUUGCCACUUGAUUGGACUGGCGCUCUGAACUCAGUCCUUCAUGAUAGAAGUGAUCAGAAGGAACAGAGUGCCGGAUGAAGUUUGUCUUGUCUUUCAAAUUUGGAGCUAUUACUCGGUUUCUUUCUCUUUGGGCGAUGACUGUUGCCCCGCGAAGCUGUUGGUUGAAGUAAUCCAGAUCGAGUCAGUCACCGAAUUUACUUUCUUCUUUAUUGGGAGCCGCUACCAGAGAAGCUCGGCCAAUGAUGCCAACAAGAUUGCCGAAAGGCGCGUACUAGCUGCAUUGCGAAGCAACCUUGCCAAAUAUAUGUCAAUGCAAUAUACCGGGAUGUCGUG